AUGGACUUAUUCGAGCAAUCACAUAAUUUCAGGAAGUCAAUUUUAACAGCUUCUGCCACCAAAAAUUGGCUAUUCCAGCUUGAGAAGACUUAUUGCCUCUGACCGUUGGUGUUCUGCUCUAGUGGAAGCAAUAAAGGAACUUGAUCCAUUGAGAAUCAAUCCUUUUCCUCUUCAGAAGGUUUGAAAGUUCUUACCCAAAACAGCGGAAAAACACAAGAAGAAAGAAAUAUUAGUACUGAAGAAGUAAAACAAACUGAGGAAGAAACAAACAAACUGGAGAUCUCUCCUGAAAAUAGUGAAUCUUCACCUGAAGAAGAGAAAGAAACUCUAACAGGAGCUAGAGAAAUAAGAAGGAGAAGGAAUCGUUCUGCUAGAUUAGACAUUACUGAUAAUCUGAGACAGUUGAGAAGACUUCUCCAAAGUGGGCAUAGAAGAAUCUUCAGAUGUUCUAACAAAAAGACGAGGUAUACUAAAGACAAGUACCUUGGAAGGAGGUCCAAAUACAUUGGAAUUACUAAAAACAACAUUCAUUGGCAAGCCUUGAUCAAUGUGAAUCAUGAGAAGAAGUACAUAGGCACUUUUAUAGAUGAAAUAGAGGCAGCAAAGACUUACGACUUACAUGCAAUAGCAAUGCAGGGGAAAAGAGCACGCUUGAACUUUAGCUACACACCUGAAGAAAUUGUGAGCAUUAUUGAUCACUAUCUUAUUCACAGACGUAUAAACCUCCAUGAGAACCUCUAA